AUGACUUCCUAUGGCCCUCACCGCCUACAAACAAUUGCAACCCUAGACCUUCCGUCUUCCUCCCCGAUUGUGUUCAUCCACGGCGGCGCCUGGCGCGACCCAAACAACACCAAAGAUGACUGGGAUGCCCUCGCAUCCAUGAUUGAGCCCACUCCUGGCCCUUACAAACACGCUUACUCCCUAGAUUAUCGCUUAUCUCCCGAGGUGAAGCAUCCGCAGCACAUUCUCGACGUGCUAUUUGCCUUGUGUCACCUUAAGAAGGAGGUUGGUGUGGAACACGUCUCUCUAGCGGGGCAUUCGGUUGGUGCCACGCUUAUUUUGCAGAUUCUCUCUUUUACCAAAUUACUCUCGUACUAUCCUGAUACGUUGACGGAUUUAGAGUACCUGUGCCUACCAGUGUCAGUGAAGACCCCAGCACAGGUAGUACUGUUUAUUGAGAAAAAUCUUCCUCGUUUGGACACCUUGUACUUGUUAGACGGGAUCUAUGACAUGGACAAGUUGUAUGAGGAGUACCCGAUUUAUUCUGACUUUAUGGGCCAAGCUUUUAACGGAGACGAGUCCCAGGCUAUACAGUUGAGCUUGGAGAUUGGAAUGGAUGUGCCUCACGGGAGGGUUGUGGUGGCACAUUCUUAUGAGGAUGAACUUCUCAGUCCGCAGCAAACCUUUUUAUUCACGCAGUACUUGACAUUGCAGAAAAUUGAGUUUACGUUUGUGAUGGGCUCUUUUGGCAAGCACAAUGAGGUAUACGAGUGUAAACAGGUGGCUGAGUUGAUCCUGAAAGAGGCAAAGGUGUGA